GCAACACUCGGUCCGGGAGGAGAGGAGGUCGGUGCCUCACGGAUCCACUUAAACCUUAAUUGCUCGGACCCCGCAGUCUCUCUCUCUGCCUCUCGCUUUCACUCUCACAGACACACCUGAGAGGAGCUCCCUCUGAGAAUCAGCUGCCCCGGUUGGUUCCGAUGCGGCCCCUCCUUCAUCGGACUGGACCGACAUAUUAAAUGGGUUAAGUCUGUCACCGGGAGCCGCGGGAGAUCCCUUUCCUUCAAUCCGCCGCUUGGACGAUCUGAGCUCCGGGCUCUCUCCUCUGAUUCAACAGUGCAGGCUGAAUUUUAAUCGUGAUUGUGUUUGUAGAAGAAGGAGGACCAGCAGCAGCAGCAGAAGCAGAAGCAGCAGCAGCAGCAGCAGCAGCAGCAGCAGAAGCAGAAGGACCAGCAGCAGCAGCGCAUCUCAGACACACAGACCCGUGGGCGGCUGCGGGUGCGUCCGUCUGGGCAACAACCCCACAUCUUCAAGACAUGGCGAGGAGAAGUGGGCUUUAAAAGGAAACUAGACUCUGAUUAAUUCAUGUUGGUCGCCAGCGUGUUCACCUAACCAGUUGAUAUUUUCCUGAACAAGUGUCUGGAAAAAAAGAAAAAGAAAAGUGAGGGGGGCACAUGACACACCGGUGGAUUCCCGGAGCCAGGUCCAGCACCGAGACUGAAUGAGUCCAUCUUCGGCUGUUGGACGGACUCCUCCAGCGGACAGGACGGAUGCAAUCGGACUAAACACACCUCGGCAGCUCAAAUCAGCAUCAGCCCCUCGGCCACCGGCGCACUAGCGGAACGGGAGGGGACUCUGACACCGGGGGACCAGCUUCUUUGGCAGGGAAAAGAUGCCAUUCCACCAUGUGCGGGCAGGCCUGCUCUAUCCGGACAACUACCUGAGCAGCUCCCUGACCGAGGGCAGCGAAGCCUUCCAGCUCACCAGCCUCUCCACUGAGGAGCUGGGAGAGAUCCGUGAGGCAUUCCGGGUUUUGGACCGAGAUGGGAAUGGCUUCAUCUCCAAGCAGGAGCUGGGCAUGGCCAUGCGCUCCCUGGGUUACAUGCCUAGCGAAGUGGAGCUGGCCAUCAUUAUGCAGAGACUGGACAUGGAUGGGGACGGCCAGGUGGACUUUGAGGAGUUCAUGACGAUACUGGGGCCUAAGCUGCUGUCGUCCGACAACAGAGAAGGAUUCCUGGGCAACACCAUUGACAACAUCUUCUGGCAGUUUGACAUGCAGCAGCUGUCUCUGGAUGAGCUCAAGCAGGUUCUGUUUCACGCCUUCCGGGACCACUUGACGAUGAAGGACAUAGAGAACAUCAUCAUCACGGAGGAGGAGAGCCUCAACGAAACCUCAGGGAACUGCCCUGAGUACGAAGGAGUUCAUCCUAAGAAGAAGAAUCGGCAGACAUGUGUCAGGAAGAGCCUGAUCUGCGCCUUCGCCAUGGCUUUCAUCAUCAGUGUCAUGCUUAUCGCAGCCAAUCAGAUGCUGCGGAACGGCAUGGAGUGAAACCAGUUGCACUGUGAGCAUGGGGAGUGGGACAGAAACAGCCAUGACCUCACAUUUUCUCUUUGCAGCCAAAGCUGGACCAGCCACAACCCAAGCACUUCUCAAAACAAUCAGUUGACCUUUGUUUUCCUUGUUCUUGUGUGAAUUAUUCUUAGAAAACGGACAGUGUGAAUUAAACGUGGAGCGGUUUGCUUGUUUUGCAAUGAAGAUGUCACCAGGUGAAGUCACUUGAAUUUUAAAUGCAAAACAGUUAUGGUUUUCUAUAAAUUGUGACACUAAACUAGAAUUACUUUGCUGUUUUCAAGGUGAAAACGACCCUUUAAACUUAAUUUUACAAUGACCAGAAAUGCUUAUCAGGUGCUUUGAGCCAUUCUUGAUUUUCAAAACAGUGAAUACGUCAAAAAAGCUGCAUAUGUGCAGGGAAUGUGAACGGAGUGAAUGUGAGCACUCUAUCCUGGCCACAGCAUUGAAAUUCAUACCAGUUUCCUCACAUCUCAUGUAGCCGUGCAUCAACGUCACGUUUAGCGUGAAGCAUUUGCAUCCUCAGCUCAGUCUGCUGUUUGUGCUACUGUGUCAAAUCUUUAUGUGUAUCUAGAGGAAGCACAACUCAACUCUCAGAAAGGGACCACUGGAUUCCCAUCACGUUUUAGUCCGAUGUUUUUGUGGUGUGGAAAAGACAAUGUAUAUAGAUAAUUUGCAAAAACCUCAUGAGCGUUGAAAAAAUAGACCAAACUGAAUGCAGUUAUUAUCAGGUAUGCGUUUGUGGGGGAAAGGCCUCAUAUUUGCAUUUCAUUGUUAUACAGCUCAGCUGUAGAAACCCCCUGACACCAUACCAGUAUAUAUAUUGCUAUUAACUAAAGAUUUCCCCAUAGAUUUUUGCUACCUAGCUUAUGUAAUAUUUUACUCCUCUCAAUAGCAGAAAGUACACUGCAAAAACACAAAAUUAGCUUUUUGGAGUCAAUAAUUUCUCAAUAUAACAUGGGGGAACUGUCUUGUUGUAAAUGAAAUAAUCUUUUAAUGGAACUACAACUUUUUCAUCAGGAAUAAUUUACUUAAAAC